AUGGCUAAUCCUGAUGGGCAGGAGGCUGAAGUGGGCGUACCCGCUGAAGCUGGGCUAACGAAUGGAGUUUUGGAGGCUCCAGCAGGUGGAGAAGAGAACAUUGCCACACAAAUACAGGCUGGAGGGACAGAACAGACGUGUCCUUCCAGAAUAGAGGUGCUCUCUGUUGGAGAUGAGGACCAUCCAGCCCUUGACACACCUUCCACCCUCAAUGUUAGCACCCUGGAGAGCCACAAUGGCAGCCUGGCAGGAGAAAACAGCACCAAUAAACCUGCCACUGAGACCACCGAAAGCACAGAGUGUCAGCCCGAUGCCCUCAAUAAUAUCCAGACUCAACCCUCUCCAGCAAUGCCUGUUACCAAAGUCCAGCCUUUUCUCUCAGCUGAUCUGGUGGAGGAGAAGACUCUGCGAGGCCGCUUGUUUGCGAGAAGGAUGGAGCUGUUAAUCGGCGCCUGUGCUUCACUCGGGGUCAUCCUCGUGCUGGGUAUCGGGCUGGGAGUGGGUCUGAGCUGUGUGGGGAAGUUCCGCUGCAGCUCCUCUCGCUGUAUCAGCAGCACUGCUCAGUGUGAUGGACAUGUGGACUGUGAGCACGGCGAGGAUGAGCUUAGUUGUGUGCGUGUGAGUGGGAAGAGCUCGGUGCUGCAGGUGCUGAGUGAGGGAGUGUGGAGCACAGUGUGUUCAGAGGACUGGGAUCCUGAACUGGGAUUCUCUGCCUGUAAACAGCUGGGAUACUCCAGCUACGUGAGGUCUGGAUCUCUCCUGCUCUCCAACAUUGAACAAGAAUAUCAGAAUAGUCUUGUGUCAAUCAACUUGAGCCAGCCAGGUCCACUGCAGGCCAUCAAAAUACACAACUCAACCAAUCUCAGUAGGACAGAGUGCAGCUCAGGAAAGGUGAUAACUCUGAAGUGUUUGGAGUGCGGUUCCAGGCCUCAGUUCAGCACACGUAUUGUUGGGGGUAACCUGUCCCUAGAGGGUCAGUUUCCCUGGCAGGUGAGCCUGCAAUUCCAGAAUGAGCACCUGUGUGGCGGCUCUAUUGUAGCAACACGCUGGAUACUGACGGCUGCACACUGUGUUUAUGGUUUUGCAUUCCCCCAGGUGUGGACGGUUCUUGUUGGACUGACCGAGCAGCCGGUUAGUGUUAGUGGAGCAAAGUAUCUCUCUGUGGAGAAGAUUAUUUAUCACGCCCGCUAUCGGCCCAAAGGCCUGGAUUACGAUAUUGCUUUGCUUAAACUGGUGGAGCCACUUGCAUUCAAUGGCCUUGUUGAGCCCAUCUGUCUGCCCAACUUUGGAGAAGAAUUUGAGGAUGGGAAAAUGUGCUGGAUUUCCGGCUGGGGGGCGACUGAGGAUGGGGGUGAAGCCAGUGUGUCACUGCACUCUGCGAGGGUGCCGCUUAUCUCCGCCAAAGCCUGCAGUCAGCCUGAAGUCUACCAGGGCUACAUCUCCCCCGGCAUGAUCUGCGCAGGAUACCUGGAGGGAGGAACCGACUCCUGCCAGGGGGACAGCGGUGGUCCACUGGCCUGUGAAGACUCCUCUGUGUGGAAGCUGGUGGGGGCCACAAGCUGGGGUCAAGGCUGCGCUGAAAGAAACAAACCUGGGGUGUACACACGCAUCACACAGGCCCUCACCUGGAUCCACCAGCAAAUGGAGAGAGAAGAAACCCUGAAUCCUUCUCCUGUCAGCUCGGACAACAUGAACAACAGGCAGGACUAAAUGCAAAGAACUGAAAAGAAAAAAAAAAAAUAAAGUUGGUGGAUUAUUUGUGGAUGAAGAACUGUUUCCAUCAGAGCACUGGACUUCUGUCAUCCUGCACAGACCAGUCAGCAAGACACUGACAAAUAUCCAGUUCAGACAGAGGAUGCAUCAACCUAUGGUAAAAACACUACAGUGGACUUUGGGAAAUGGAUGAGCGAUAAUCAUGUUUUAAAACCCGCCUGCCCCUUUUUUUGGUCGACAUUUUUUUAGUUUAAUGUCACCUUGAUUUAAGCAGCCACCACACCCAUGUUACUCAUGUCCCACCAUGAUCCUGUGACAUUCCAUGAUCCUGUGACACUUUAUUAAUGUAAGUAUUAUGUUUUCUUCAUUAGAAAUGAAAGGGUUUUGAGGAUCAUGCAUCAGAAUUAUCUGAACUUGGGAGAGAAAGAGCUGUUUAACUUGUAGUAAUUCUAAAGUUUUAUCAUAACUUGUGCUGACCACUUAAGUUUUUUUAAGCAGCAUCGUAAUGAAAAAAAUAGCAGCAAGUGUGUUUUAUCAGUAUUCAGAGUUUAUGCAGAAUUGUUCAAUACAGAUAAAGGGAUAUGAGGAAAUGUGUGUUGCAAUUCUGCUCUAAACACCUAGAUGUCUUAAACACUCAUGCUGAUUUUACCUGCUCUUAAACUACUUUAUAAAAAUGCACUCCCAAAAGGGGCUUAGAGCUUAGGGUGAGAAAUGAAUUGAGACGAGGAGGAGAACUUAAGCACCAACCGGAGUCCCCUGAGAGACUCGAACAGCUUGAACCAAAGAAAAAUGCUGAGAAAUUUAGAUUAAGGUACAAUUUCAAUGAAUUGUGAUGCUGAUUUGAGGUCUUAUCGCCAAUGCUGGCUUACUGCACUAAAACACCAGCAUUGUUCUGUAUUUUAUUGUACAAUUUUUAAUUCCCAAUUUCUAGAUUUAUGAGUCAUUGUCACAAGUGUUGACAUGGGCAUAUGAACAGACAUAAAAAAAAGUUUGCAGCAAUGCCCACAACUGCUGCAUUAGUGCACUCCCAAAGAUCUUACUGCUACUUUCCAUUAAUCCACACACCCAUAAGAAAAAUAGAAUGGUUAGUAGCUGCUGCAGACACUCUUCUGCAUUCUGUCCCUUUGUACAAAGCUUUGAAUGCCUGUCUUCACUGGCCUUACAAACACAGAAUCAUUUUCUAAAACGUUGUUUCAU